AGCUCUUACGCUAUGAAUUUUAUUAUCUUUAUGUGCAAGUCGUUUGUACAGAUAAAUAGUAUGCCAAAAAGUCGUAAAAAAUCCAAACAAGAUGAUGGCUUUGCCAGUGUCAAUGCUUCGCCAUCAAUACCAGGUACACCCAGCUACAUGAUAGAUCCAGAUGAAUUGGAUACAGAAGACAUAUAUCCAUAUAUUUUAAAAGCCAAAGACGAAUUUGAGAAUAUUGAAAAAGAAGGUCGUGAUUUUAAUGAAGUGGAAAUCGAAGCAUUCAAAAAGUAUACAGAUGUCGUUAAAAAAUACUUGUCUUAUUUAGAUGAAGAAAUCCGAAAAUUAGAAUUAAAUGGUGGCGGUGAAGAUGAAAUUGCAGAGAUAAAAAAUAUUGUUAAAGAAUUACGCGGUGAGAAUAAAAAGAAUAUUGCACGACUAAGCAGACUUCAACAAGGACGAACCGAAAAAGAAAGACAAUUAAUUCAAACCAAAAAAGAAUUACAGGAUCUACAAAAAAGUGAUGAUUAACAAUAUUUUAUACCGUAUUGUA